AUUAACUUCACUACGCUUCUCUCUCUGCAAUUACUCUCGAGAGCUUCUCUUUCUAGAUUUUGGAGUAUUGCUAACUUGAGCGUCGGAGUGUUUUUCCCAAGGAAACAUCCUCAGGAUUUUCAGGAAACCACCCCCCGAGAGGCAACAUGGACCACCAGGACAGUACUCAGCUUUUGGAAAGUGACCUCAAUGACUUUCAACCAAUGCCAAGAAACCUUUUCUUUCGCAUCCCAGUUGAAGCCAGGCGAAGGCAUUCCAGACAAAAUAUUUCACGACCUGAGAGACCCUUGGAAGCUGCUAGGACAACCGAGCUGGAAGAAAGAACUAGAGUUUUAGAAAUGACCAUGGGAAAAAUCCUCUCUUGUCUGAUCCCGGAUGACUCCUUAAUCCCUCUACUGAAUAGAGGUGAACAGCCAGCAGCAGUAGUUGCAACUCGCAACUCCCCAGCUUUAAGUAAUGUGGUGGUUCCAACCAAGCCAAGGGGAAGUGGAAGGCUAAAUCCAGAGCCCAGCUCGUCCAAACACAGUGAUGAAUUAAUGAAGAAAAAUGCAAAACUUGAGAAAUAUGCUCCUCUCAACCAAUCCAUUACUGCAAAACCAUAUCAGGAGGGAUUUAAAAUCCCCCAUUUAGAAACAUAUGGUGGUUCUGGCGACUCGGAUGAACACUUACACACUUAUCAAGCCAUCAUGAAAAUUCAGAAUGCUAUCGAUGCAAUGAUGUGCAAAGUAUUCCCCGCAACAUUGAAAUCUACUGCCAGAAGAUGGUAUCACAAGCUACCCAGACACUCUAUAGCUUCGUACUCCCAACUCGCCACACUAUUCUCUAACAACUUUGUGAGCCAAAGGGAGAUAAUGCGUACUGCUAUUGAGUUAAUGCAAGUUCACCAGAGGGAAGGAGAAUCUUUGAGAGACUAUAUGCAAAGGUUCAACAAAGCCACCUUGGACAUCGAUAAUGUCCUUAAUACCAUCUGUUUGUCUGCCUUACUGGACGGUCUAAAACCUGGUCGAUUCCUGGACAACCUGCUAGAAAAUCCACCGAAAUCAUGGAACGAAAGUAAGGAGCACAAACAGCCAGAAGGAAGGGAAGAAAAGAAAAAGAAAAAGGUUGGUGAGCAGAGAGGAAAGCCACCUUCUUUCCCAAGAUAUGCUAAUUAUCUUCCGCUGAGCUCGUCAAGGGGCAAGGGUAUCAGCUCGGCAACAAUCAAAAUUAGCUCGACAACAAUCAAAAUCCCUACCAGGGGAGUCAGCACUCAUCUGAAUCUGGCAGAACCUAUAGAGGACGUCCAUUUAACCAGCGAGGAUAGGGACAAAAAAACCUCUUCACAAAACCAAAAAGACCAUAGAGGGGUCGGUUACAAUGGAAUACCCUCGCCUUCUGGCACAAUCAACAUGAUUUCUGGUGGCAUGCAUUCAGGAGGCCAAAAGGAAGAACCUGAUGUUGUGAUGCCCCAUGCUGACCCCUUCGUGGCAACAGUUCACGUAGCUUCCAUGCAGAGAUAUGAAGGGCCUAUAUAUGGGUUUGAUAAUCAGCCCGUCCCAGUUGAAGGGGCAAUCACUCUUCCAAUCUACGUGGGUACUGAGCCGCGAUUUAGGAUGGCAUUUGUUAGCUUCUUGGUGGUUAAGAUGGAGUUAGCUUACAAUGCCAUAAUUGGGAGAGCCACACUUUGCGAGCUAAAAGCUAUCGUUUCUCAAUCGCACCUCUGCAUGAAAUUCCCAACUCCUCAGGGAGUAGGGGUGCUCAAAGGAAACCAAAAAAUGGCUAAAGUGAUGAGCAUCUCUGACAUAGACCACCGUCCAGAGAACAUAGAACAGAAAGCUGAACUAGUUGAGCCAGUAGAAACCAUUCCAUUAAAACCCGACAAACCAGAAAAGACGGACACCCACCCAUUGCCAAAUGUUGAAAAGUUAGUAGAACGAGUUGCUAGUCAUGAACGCAUGAGUUUUUUAGAUGCCAGCUUAGGAUAUCAUCAAGUUCAGCUAUGGUUGGACAAACAAGAAAAGACGACAUUCUAUGUGGGGGAUGCAAUCUACUGUUCUGUUAUGAUAUCGUUUGGCUUAAAGAAUGCUGGCACGACCUAUCAGAAGUUAGUUCAGAUCGUCUUUAAGCUUCAGAUAGUCUUUAAACUUCAGAUCGUCUUUAAACUUCAGAUCGGUAAGAACAUUGAAGUAUAUGUUGAUGAUAUGAUUGUCACUAGCAUACAAGCUAAAGAUCAUAUUGACGACCUGAAUGAAACGUUUCAAAACCUACGCCAAGCACAGAUGAAGUUAAACCCACUAAAAUGUACAUUUUCUAUGGAGUCAGACAAAUUCCUGGGGUAUGUAGUGUCCAAAAAAGGAAUUGAGGUGAAGCUGGAUAAGGGUCAAGCUUUAGCAGACUUCAUAGUGGAGUGCCACCCGCCAGCUAUAGAAGAAGCCACGCCGUUAGGCUCGGUAUGGGCUUUGUUUGUAGAUGGGGCUGCAAAUGUUGAAGGAUCAAGGGUAGGGGCAGUGCUAAUAGGCCUAAAUGGUUUCAAAUCUGAGCAUGCACUGAGAUUUAAAUUUAAGACAACGAAUAAUGUCGCCGAAUAUGAAGCACUCAUUUAUGGUAUGAAGCUAGCGUCCAAGCUGAAAGUGUAGAACAUAAGAGUCUUCAGUAACUCUUAACUUGUAGUGAACCAAGUAAGCGGAAGUUGCGAUAUCAGAGACCUUUAGUUCGGUCGUUAUGCCUCUGUGGUCAGCAGUAUGAAGGCGAGCUUUAUUUUGUUUCAGAUUGAUAAGAUGCCAACAGCAAAAAAUAGAUGAGUUGAUGAGUU